ACAAGUACUGAGCCCCAUUCACAGUGGAGCCAUUAACACCUGCACCUCUCAGUGAAUGGCGUAUUUGGAGUCAAGCCACCACCCAUUGCGAACGAAGAGCUCGACUUGCCGCGAGAGUGACCCUUGCGUAGAAUCGUUCUGGAGCAGGUUAAACUUCUACUUAUCCGGAAUAGACCCUGACAUAUCAAAUAUAUGUCCAGUGUGCAAUGAGUCCCCACAUGACACUCUUUGCGUGCCCUGCUAACUCUACUCUUCUGACACUUUUCUCCCUUUGCUCCGACCCGUCGAAACAGCACGUUUCCUGGUCCUAACGUCGACUCAUCAGAUGUUGUCAUCGUCCAUGUCUCUGCACCAUACAGCAGGACGGGAAUAAUGAGUGCGAUCUACAACUAGCAACCAUGAAAUGUAAACAGAGUACCCUAUAUAUACAAGAAACUGAAAGCAAAAGCCAAUAAAAUAAAAUGUCAAUUGGAAUAAAAUUAAAGUCUUUCAGAAUUCACAUUUAUUUUAAUUUGUUUCGCAAAAUUUUCAGUCAACAAAAGAUGACUCGUCAGCGAAGAGAAGUCAAAUAUUUUGCAACAAGUGAAAACAAUCCACCCAGCGGCAUCGAACAGGCCGUCGUCUUCAUAAGCCACAUAUUGAUAAUACUAACGUUUCCGCUCUCGAUCUUUCUGUCUCUGAUCGUCCUAUCCGAAUAUCAAAGAGCCGUCAUAUUUAGAUGCGGACGUUUGAGACGUGGUGGAGCACGUGGUCCGGGUCUAGUCUUUAGAAUACCAUGUGUAGACUUUUGUGUAAAAGUUGAUUUGCGAACGACCUCGUACCAUGUGCCAGCACAAGAAAUUCUCACGAAAGAUCAUGUGACAAUCAGCUUGGACGCUGCGGUUUACUAUCGCAUAUUCGACCCCUUACUGGCGGUAAUACAAGUAGAGAAUGUGCAUUUAGCCACCAGCAUGUUGGCGCAAGCGACGCUGCGGAAUGUAGCCGGACAGAAGCACGUUCUGGAAUUGAUGUCCGAAAAGGAUGCGGUCUCAAUGGCCAUGGCGGCGUUACUGAAAAGCGCUACAGCACCAUGGGGAGUAUUAGUUGAGCGUGUUGAAAUCAAAGACGUACGCCUGCCACUCCAAUUACAGCGUGCCAUGGCCGCUGAAGCCGAAGCUAUACGCGAAGCAAAAGCGAAGGUGGUUUCAGCCGAAGGUGAAUUGAGCGCCUCGAAAUCUUUGAAGGCCGCAUCCGAUGUUAUAGCAGCAAAUCCCGUAGCGCUGCAGCUGCGCUAUUUGCAAACACUGAGUCUUAUUUCCGGCGAUCAGAAUAAAAAUAUCAUAUUUCCAUUCCCCGUGAAUUUGAUAAGACAACUAAUGAUAGGCAAGUGCGCCGAACCUAGUCAGGGAAGCUCAUCCAAGAAACGAGCUUCAAGUAAUCUAAAGGACGAGUUAGAAAUUAACCGAGAGGUGGACGAAGCAUUAGAGGAAGCAUAUAGAGUUUUGGACUGCAAAAUUGUAAAAUUAUCACAAGAAAGCUAAAAGGAAUAUAAAAAUUUGGGCGAGUACUUCAAUCUACUCCGUUUGAAAAACGGCGGCUUGAUUUGCAAAAAUCUGUCGUAAUUUAAAUUAUACGUAAUAUAGUAGUUAUUUGGAUAAAGGUACAAUAAAUAUAAUCGUAUUAUUU